AUGGCGCCCCCGACUAGACAAUUUCACAGGCUUUCUAUCGGUCAGGAUAUGCCUGCCUCCAGGAUCCCCGCCGAGGGCCCUGUUGACCCCUCCGGAGGCCGGCAGGACGGAGGCAAUGACAGCUCGUCUGUCGAGAGCGAAAGCGAGGAGGAGAGCGAGGACAGUGAGGAAAGCAGUGCUGACGAGUCCGACGGCGGAUCGAAGGUCCGAGCCCAUUCCGGAAUCACCUACGACCUCAGCCAUCUAGAUACCGAGUCUGAAGCCCAGGCUAUGGUAGGUCUGAUGGGCGAGUUCGACGUGGUCAACUGUCGUGCUUCAUCCGAAGGGUUUGACUUUCAGCUUUUGGACCGACCGCGUGUGCACAUUGGCCCAGACGCCCCUACUUGUACCUGCUCAACCUUCCAGGACCGGCCUGAAGGUGCCUGUCAACACAUCUUCUGGCUCCUCGACCAGCUGCAUGGCUGCUUCCUCUCUAAACCUCCGUCCGCGGAGGUGGCAUUGUCCCAAGACGGCCGCCCUCGUGUGCGUCCGCGCAUCGAGGACCUCCUGAAAGGCAAGCUGGAGGCUGUAGCGAACCAACUCAAUUGGCAGUACCUGCGGAACGAAGGAGACAGCAGGACCACGGCGAUGACGCGAGUGGAAAAGGUACGAGACGUCCUAUCGGCAUUCAGCCCAACGAUCCUGCCGGAAGAUUUCAGACCCGACCUGGUGGAAACGACGACUCAGGCACGCACCGCAGAGCAGUGUGUCGUGCAGGGUGACUUCGAAGCAACCAUCUUUCGGCUGGCAGUGCACGACGACGGCGUCCGCAGCAGUCUCUGCAAAGCCAUGCCGGCCGGUGCCUGUGCUGCUAUCUACUUUGACAAAAUCCAGGAGCAUUCCCGCCGCCUGUUAUCUGACUUCGACCGGUACUGCGCUACGGGCGAGAUCCCUUCUGCCCCGAGUAGUCCUGGCGGUGGCCCUUUGCUGGUAGAUCAAGUCCUCGAGGAACUACGCCGCUCAGUCUCUCGCAUCCGCUCGCACAUCAGUAUUCGCGCACCCUACGGCUCCGAAAGUGCUGCCAAAGCCCUCGUCUUCAUUCUCGACGCCAUCUCCUCCCGUAACAAGGAUCCACUGGAUGGGAAUACCUGGGGCCGAACCUCCUUCCAAGGCGAGGACGAGGACCAGCGCAAUCUGUACCACAUGCUGAUCGGCUCCGAGGAUAUGGAUCUGGAUUCUGACGCCGAUCUCUUCGUCCUCGACGCACUCGACGCUCUUGCCCCAGGAAGCCUUUACCAAUUCAUCGACGUGCUACGAGACAUACGGGGAAAAAUCGAGGUCAACCGCGCACCGAAGGCAUUCCUCGUUCGACUAGGGGCUCUGGUUCGAUCGGCUGAAUCGGCGAGUGCGUCUGGGGUAGGAUCGGGGCAGAAGCGGCCUGCGGUGGGGAAUUCGGGCGGCCAUUCAAAGCGGUCUCGAUGA